UGCAGCAAAGAAACACACUGUUGUUGUUUCAGAGGCAGGUGAAGUUUAUACAUGGGGUUGCAAUAAAGAGGGCCAGCUUGGUUACGGCACCUCUAACUCAGCGUCAAAUUACAUACCUAGAGUGGUUGAAUACCUGAAGGGCAAAGUUCUUAACUGGAGUUGCUGCAGCUAAGUAUCACACUAUUGUUCUAGGAUUUGAUGGAGAGCUGUUCACUUGGGGCCACCGGUUUGUUACACCAAGACGUGUGGUCAUUGCAAGAAAUAUUAAAAAAAUUGAAAAUACUACACUAAAAUUCCAUCGCAUGGAACGCCUUAAUGUAGUUGCUGUAGCUGCUGGGAUGUCACACAGCAUGGCUCGUACAGAUGAUGGUGCAUUAUUCUUCUGGGUGUCCUCCGAUCCUGAUCUUCGAUGUCGUUAUAUUCGCUGUGUGGGAGGAAUAUUGUUAGCAUAUCUGCUUGGAAGUACUGGAGUGGUGCCGUUGCUGUUACUGGUGAUGUUUAUAUGUGGGAUGGAAAGAAAGUAAAAAAUGAACAACCCAUUCCGACUCGGUUGCAUGGAAUGAAGAAGGCAACUUUUGUUUCAGUUGGUGAGACACAUCUAUUGCUUGUUACUUCUCUCUAUCAUCCUGGCUUUCUUCCCAGUAUAGUUGGCGGUACUCAGAAGCUAAAAGUCGAGGAUGAAUUAGAUGAUCUGCAUGAAGGUUUUGCAUUCAAUGAUUUGAAAUCUGAGGAAGUGUCCUUCGCUGUGGAAAAGGUUGAAAUUAGGAAUUGCACAGGACCAAGUUCAAGAAACUUUUCUGUGAACAGGACAGCUCCAAGUUUGAAAAGCUUCUGUGAGAAAAUGGCAGCAGAGCAUUUGGUAGAGCCACAAAAUCCUAUACAACUGCUAGAAAUUGCAGAUUCACUUGGAGCAGAUGAUCUCAGAAAACAUUGUGAGGUAUACGGGCUACCCAUCUCAUAUUGUUAGCUGCAUUACCUUAUAGUUAUAAGAUAUGGAAUAAAAAUUCUGGAUGCAAUCCUUGUUUCUGCUAUUUUGGAUUCCUGUUGGGCAAGCUAAAAAUCUUGCUGCACUCAUUCUUGUAAUACUGGUAUGUACUAAAAUAUGAUACAUGUGUACAGCGAUGUUUUGGGGCAAGGUUGACAAGUAAUACAGACUCACACCUCUGCAUGAUGUUCUCAUUGCAUACCAUCACGUUACCAUCAGUUGUGCUAAAAUG